GAGAUAUUUGAGGGAUGCGUGGAGUUUGGAAAAGUCGAUGAGGGCCAUUUAACAGCUGGACUGCCAUUGUUGCAGAGACCCAUGUUAGCUUUGUUUGUUCCUUUACAUUCUCCUGUCCCUUUGCACAUUCAAAAUCUUCCCCACCUGUCCUCAAUAAUGUCACCUUCUCUUUCUCUCUCUCCAUCUCUUGGAUCAGAAGUGUUAGUGCUCUGCAAGUUCAUAUGCUCCCUUUGUUCGGACGCGAGGAGGAAUCUAUCAGAUGCCCUCCUCAACAUAGCUGCUGCUGCUCAAUGUGCAGCCCACGACGUGUAAAAGCUGCAACAAAGCGUUACUUACUGCUGUAAAAACUCUACUCUAACAGUACAUAAUGCCAGUUAGCGCGUUCCUCGUUACUUAUGUUGUUGGGAUUAUUCUCAAGGCGCUAAAUAGAGCAGAUUGCAAAACCGAUGAGAUCGAUUGCGUUUCAGACUCUGCAGGUCCUUCCCUAGAACCAUCCAAGAAGUCCCGUAACUUAUUUUAGCCAUAAAAGGGACUCCACAGAGGAAGAAUUACAUCUGAGACAGAGACAGGGAUAUAAAGCUAUAUAUGUGCAGUUGGAAGCAUGUGUAUAUGUAUACAUGGACAGUGAAAUUUCAUCAUCCCAGCGACGGGCCCAUCUCUGCAUGUUGUAGAUGCACCAUCAAGACCAUCAUGAUGAUAGUGGUCGUGGCUUUGGUGCUCUGCUCUGAUCUCUCUCUCUCUCUCUCUCUCUCUUUGCCCCUCAUAGAAGGCAAAUCUCCAAAGGGCAUAGGAGUAACUUCACGCCCAGCAAACAUAGAACAUGCCAUUGACAGUUUGAGCACAGGCCCCAAGGAAGCUCAUUGGAGGCUUUUUCCUUUUAUCACACCAAGUGCUUGGAGGGGAGGAGGACCCACAGCUCUGAAACUGAUGUGAUGCAAAUCUCAUAAUGAAAGUGGGUUUCCGUUCCAUCCGCUCGAGAGCUUGAUGGGAUAUCGUGAAGAAGUAGGCUUGGUAUGCUAAAUCUGCAAGAAAAGGAGUGCAGAAAAGUGAUCAUCAGAGUAUGUGAGUCAGCUCCAUGGCUAGGAAGAAGAAGAGCUGGUUCGACUUCGUUAAGAGGUUCUUCAGGUUGGAUGCGAGAUCAAGGGCAGAAAAGAAGGAGAGGAGGAGGAGAUGGGCUUUCGAGAAGCUUCAGAACAAGAGGUUGCCUCCACCGAUUACCGGCCCGCCUCAGAGGGCAGUGUUAAGUGAAGCAGAGGAAGUGCAGAGCAAGAGUGCUCUGAAUGUGGCCAUUGCCACAGCUGCUGCUGCGGAGGCUGCUAUGGCGGCUGCUCAGAUAGCCGCUGAAGUCUUUAAGCUCAGUACCGGUGUUCUGGUCCCUCAGUCUAUCACUACUGCAGACCAACAUAAACAAGAAAAGGAUGAAUCUUUUGCGAUUCGAGUCGAUCGGAAGGAGAGUGGUCAAGGUAAUGCUCAGUCACUGGCUGCUCAUCAGUGUGAGAUGAAAAUCCGCGAAUUAGAAGAUCUUAAGAUCAAAGCUGCAAUCAAGAUUCAAGCUGCAUUUCGAGGAUAUCUAGCAAGAAAAGCUUUAAGGGCAUUGAAAGGUAUAGUGAAGCUUCAAGCAAUCAUUCGAGGUCGAGCAGUUCGGCGGCAGGCGAUAACCACUCUGCAGCGGCUGCAGUCCAUCGUGAAUAUUCACUCGCAAGUCUGUGCGACGAGAUCUCAUGUAGGGGAAAGAACUGGGGGUUACAAUGAGAACAGCCAUAUCAGACAGUGGAGAGACAGGAUUAAGGUCGAGAAGAACAAUCCAAGGAGAUGGGAUGACAGCUUAAUGUCAAAGGACAAAGAAGAAGCCUUUGUCUCGAGCAAGAAAGAGGCUGCAAUCAAGCGAGAACGGAUAAAGGAAUAUUCAUACAAUCAUCGGAGAUCGGCGGAAUCUGAAAACAGAAAGCCUAAUGGAAGAUGGAGGUAUUGGUUAGAGCAAUGGGUGGACACGCAGCUCAAUAAAAGCCGAGAAUACGAAGACUUAGACCCAGUUCCAAGCCCAACCCCGAAAUCCAAGGAAGACAACGGCAGGAGACAGCUGAAGCCUGGUAGCUACCUUAAGCAACAACAGCAAGGGAACCCAUUCGAGCAGUCAGGUUCCCCAGUGUCAGUUCCAAAGAGACAGAUCAGGCACAAGAAGCAGUGUUCGAUGGGAGACGACACUUUCCCUAGCUCUCCGUCGAUCCCAACAUACAUGGCUGCGACUGAAUCUGCCAGGGCAAAAGUGAGAUCCUUAAGCUCGCCAAAGCUGAGGCCCGGGGCUUUUGAUACUUAUUCUGAUAGCUACUCCCCUUACAAGAGCAAGCUGUCCCUCGUGUCGUCCGUCAUCAGUGAAGUGCCCACUUUGAACUGCAGCUAUAAGGGUGGGAAGCUGAGUGGUCAGCAGCAGAGGUCGCCGAGCUUGAAGGGCCUUCCUUGUGCUGUGAAAUCGGGCAGAGUCACAAAGGAUCUCAACUUGGAGUGACUGAUGGAAGGAUUUACUCCUCUGUAAAGUAUUUGGAUUUCAAAGUUCGAAAGAUUUAGUGCAUUGCGACCUGCCACUUCAGUCCCAUUAUUUUAGUAUAUUGGACAUUUUUCCGAUAAGUUGAUCUUAGAAAAUAAUAUCGUCUGUCAACAUUUUUCUCAUAAA